AACAUCUCACUCUUACUCCAUCAAUUUAAAAAAAGAAGCAAAGCCUGCUUAAAAAUGGGGUCUCUUCUUCCACUCCUCCUCCUCCUCCUCCUCGUCUUCAUCGCCCCAUUGUCGAAUGGGUGUGGUAUCACAAUCUACUGGGGCCAAAACGGGAACGAAGGCACGCUACAGGCCGCCUGCGCCACCAACAACUACAAAUAUGUGGCCGUCGCCUUCCUAACCACCUUCGGCAACGGCCAAACCCCCGUUCUCAACUUGGCCGGCCACUGCGAUCCUCCCUCCGGCACCUGCUCCAUCUUCGCCAACCAAAUCCGCUACUGCCAGAGCCUUGGCAUCAAGGUGCUCCUAUCCCUCGGCGGCGCAAUCGGCAACUACGGCAUCUCCUCCACGCAGGACGCCCAACAAGUCGCCGCCUAUCUAUGGACCUCGUACCUGUCCGGCUCCGGCGGGCCCCUCGGCAACGCGGCCCUCGACGGCGUCGACUUCGACAUCGAGUACCCGACCUCCACCCUACACUGGGACGACCUAGCCAGGGCGAUCGCCGCCUACAGCACCCCCCAAAGGAAAAUCUACCUAUCCGCGGCGCCCCAGUGCAUCAUCCCGGACCGGAACCUCGACGUCGCCAUCAAAACCGGGCUCUUCGACUACGUGUGGGUGCAGUUCUACAACAACCCGCCCUGCGACUACAGCGGUGGCGCGGCCAGCUUGAUCAAGUCGUGGAACGACUGGAGCGCGCUGCUGCCGGCAGGGAACGAGCUGUUCCUGGGGCUGCCGGCGGCGCCCGGGGCGGCGGGGUCGGGAUACAUUUACCCUGAGAACCUGAAGAGCGAGAUUCUGCCGGUGAUAAGGGAGACGCCCAACUAUGGAGGGGUGAUGCUGUGGAAUAGGUACAAUGAUGUUAACAGUGGGUACAGCUCGCAAAUUAUCGAAGAUGUAUGCCCUCCGGCGCUCGGAAAAUUUGAAGAAUUGGUCAUCUCUCAAGUCAUUUGAAUGGGAAAGUGGAAUUAAGCUGGUUUUCUUCAUUCAUGACUAGUGUGAAUGGAUUGUUAACUAAAUAAAUGUGAAAGCCAAGCUUGUAAGUUGUGAUCAACCUAAUGAAUAAAAUGCAGCUUGCACUUUUAUUUAA